GAGACAGCCCAGCAGGCUCACUUGUCUUGAGACACAAGAGAAAGCACAAUGUUUUCGUCCUGUCUUGGGAAUACUCGCGAAAGAGGCUCAGACCGCAAGAAGGAAGAAAGGGGAGGCCGUAGUGGUGCCUGGAGACGACGGGCACGCUCCUGGCUCCACGGCCUCUGGCCAUUUGGCCGGAGAGGGACAAACUUGAGCCAGGGCAGCCAGGGCAGCCAUGGCAGCCAGGGCAGCCAGGGCAGUCAGGGAAGCCAGGGCCGCCAGGGAAACCAGGGCAACCAGGCAAGCCAGGGCAGCCAGGAAAGCCAGGGCAGCCAGGAAAGCCAGAGCAGCCAGGACUGCCAAGUUAGCCAGGGCAGCCUGGGAAGCCAGGGAAAUCAAGGCAGCCAGGGCAACGAGGGAAGCCAAGCCAUCCUGGUCAGCCAGGGAAGCCACGGAAGUGAGGGCAGCCAGGGCAGCCAGGGCAGCCAAGGCAACCAGGGCAACCAGGGCAACCAGGGAAGCCUGGGAAUGCAGGGACACCAGGGAAGACAGCAAAGCGAGGGCAGCCAGGAAAGCCAGGGCAGCCAGGGAAGCCUGGGAAGCCAGGAAAAUCAGGGCAGGCAUGGCAACCAGGGAACCCAGGGCAGCCUGGGCAGCCAGGGAAGCCACAGGAGCCAGGUGUGCCAGGGCAUCCAGGUCCAGGGCGACACGGACCAGGUCGGGGUGGAGUCUGCCCCUGAGGAGCUGAACGAGUCCCCUAGAAUGCCCCAUUUCGGGCCCCUGGAACAGAUGUCGGCCCUCCUGGUGACGUCCCUGCAGGGUGGAGACUCCUUCUUUGUGUUUGUCUUCUACUGCAUACACCAAAAGUUUCUCACCACUCAGCAUGUGCUGGACCUGCUGUUCAGGCGAUACACAUCCUUCCAGGCCGACUCUGAAGAGGAUGAACGAGUAAAAUACACCAUCUGUUCCCUCCUGGACUACUGGAUCGACAAGUUCCCUGAGGAGUUUUGCAGGAUCGAACACCUGCCCAUUCUGAAGCGGGUGAAGGAUUACUUGAGCGUGAACAUGCCCUCCUCAGACCUUCUGGUGCGUGUCCAGUCUCUCCAGGAAAAUUUGCUGUCACAAGUGGCCAGCGAUUCAGGGGCCAGCGAUGAGGAAGCCUCAGGGUCCACGGCCACGUCCCCUCCUAGAGACGCCGGCUUGAGCAACACACCUGUGUGCAAUCUUAGGCCCGGGCAGCGGCGCCUCCGCAGAUCCAGUGCUCCCAGUGUGUUGACCAGCAAUGGCGACGGCUACUCUGGAGCCAGAAGCAGCCUGUGCACUGGAGCCGGAGAGCACAAAACCGACACAAGGUUCUGUGACCCGUGUGCAGCUGGAGCCACAUGUGGCGGCAGCAGCGGGCUCAUCGCCACCCACUGAAGCUGUCGCUGUUGGCCGUGAGGGCAGAGGCGGUACCACAUUCAACAUCUUGCUUGGGCCGCAGUGGUCUGCCUCCCCAGGGAACGGCCCGGCCACCCCUUCCUCCUCCUCUGGUCGUCUGCAUGUAUCUGCCCUGCAGACGGCACAGCUUCUGCUGUUUCCCCACAGAACGACUCCCCGAUUGCAACCCAGCAGCCUUGCCAGCCCCACAGCCAGACUCACCCUGCCCUGGCUAGCAGCCUUUUGACUCUGAUCAAUGUUGUGUUAGUUUAGUCCGAGGAUUGGUUUGAAUAAAUUGCUCUUGUUUGUGUUUCA